AUGAUGAGGAUGAUUCAGGUGGUGUUUGCUGUCACUUUAGUUGUUCUAGUUGUUUUUUGGGGGGUUAUAGCGGAAACAACACACGGAGAUGAAUCUCUCUCAACUCUUAAGCAAAUUGACUGUGUCGUGAAGAAGCUUAAUUGGAUGAUUAAUGUGACGGAGGAUCUACUUUUAAGAGCUAGAGUGCAUGCAGAAAAGGUAUAUAAAAAGAAGUAUUUGCUGGAGGAAAGAUACGCAGCCUGGGAACGAUUAUUCGUGUACGUAAAACCAUUUAUGAAAAAACAGAAGGGUGAUAAAAUGAAGGAAAUAUUAAAUGAGAUGGAGAGAAUCGUUGAAACUGAAAGCUACUUGCAGAAAAACUUUAACCUUAAUGUUUCUUACUUUGAAAAAAAAAUGAUGACUAUUGUAAGAGUCGGUAUCAGGUAUUCAGCCACAAUGGAGGAGAUGUACAGAGUUGGAUUGGAAGCUGUGCGUUCUGGAAAAGAAGUACCAAAAAGUUGUGAAAUUUAUGAAGCCAAUGUUACAUGCGAGAGAGCCUUCUCUGGGGGAAAUUUAUCUAUUAUCGUUGCUGAAUUUGGUAGCGGCACUGAAGAAAAUAUAGAUCUAAGGUUUGAGAACGGAGGUCACUGGAGUAAAGGGGGAAACAAGCUGGCUGAUAGAGUUCAUAAUGUAUCGACCACGUUUGGACGUGUCAUCAAGCACAGAGGAAUAGGUAAUAGUUUGGGAAAGGCCAGAGUUCUCAUGGAUGAACGCGACUUGGUAGAACACGUGAGUGCAGCGAAGCUUCUCAAGUUGUUUGUCACACAUCUAAGGGAAGUCGGUAAUCUCACCUCCGAAGUUGAAGCCACACCUUCCAAGCUGUCGGAACGUGUUCACAAGUUUUCUAUUCUCGAAAAGAAACUUGAAUCCCUCUUUAACAGCCUUUGA